CCCCGGGCAGCGGGGAGGGCGCGGCGGGGAGUGGAGAAGCCAGCGGGCAAGUCAGCGCAGCCCCGCGCUCCGCCGGUCCCUCCUCCUCCGCCGGGCUCCAGCGCCCGCGCAGCGAGGGACUCCGACGCACACGCCAGCGGCGGCCCCAGGCUACCCAGAGCCAGCCCCGGCGCAGGCGGCCCCAGCAGGUGCCGGAGAUGAAGCGAACAAAUCUCUCGGCGCAGGGGGAGAUGCGGGGCGGCUCCAGGCUGGCGCAGGGCCGCUGAGGAGCCGGCUGCUCCCGGCGUCUCUUGUGGGCCGGGGCCGCUCGGGGGGCUGGCCCGGGGAGCCCGGGGGAACAGCGGCGGUGGGCUGAGAUGGACCCCGGGGCUGCGGGGAGCUGCGGUGACAGCUGAACCCGGGAGCCGGCGCGCAGAUGAGGUCUAGGGCAGGCCGGCCCUCGGUGAUGGAAUACGGCCCCCGGCCGGACUUCCAGCCACACCUGACGUCGCUGCCCUACCGAGCGGGGAGCCAGCAGAUGGGGAUCCUCACCGUGGGUGGGCCCCAGGCCCUGGGGGACAGGCCUUGCCGAGCGAGGCACCACGUGGCCGUCUGCAAGCAGGAGAGUUUGUCCUUCGUGGAGCUCCCCAACCUCCAGCCUCCUGGUCAGGGGGACUUUAGUCUCGUCCCGUGCUCCUCGGAGGGCCGGGGGCUCCUCAGCUCCCACAGCAGCCCCAUGGAUGGGUGGGGAAGCCUGCAGCUGAGCCCCGAAGGCUGGCCCCCCCGCCAUCACAGCUACCCAGACUUCCACCCCAGCCUGGGCUGGAUCCCGGACUCCGGGGUCCCCUUUGGAGGCGAUGCUGCGGGCGGGGGCUCCGGGACUCACCCAGAGGCGGCGGGGAUCGCUGCCCCCCAGGGACAGCAGGUGGUGGGGAAAGCGGACAGCUGGCUUCACGGCACCACCUUCGAGCCGCCCUCGUCUCACAGCGACUCCUCUUUCCACGACGUCGUCGGGGGGCCCACGAGCCCCCCGCUGAUGCCCGAGUCCCAGGGGCAAGGAUCCCAUGGGGUGGAGAAGGAGAAGCUGGCCUGGAGGAAGAUCAGGGUCUACUCCCCCGAGACUCUCAGCGACACGACCCCCAGCCUGGAUGGAGACGCCGUUUUCCCAGGGUCCCCAGUCCACGAGGAUGGCAGGUGUGCGGGGGAGCUCGCGCUGCGGGGGAUGGAGCCGCUGGACCUGAGGCCGGCUCCUGAGGGGCCUCCCCACGCGGUGCCCGAGACUCUGGACCUGGCGCUGCCCCCGUGCUCGGCUGGCCGGAGCGCCAAGGGCUCGGCGGAGCAGGAGAGGCGGCGCUUCUCGGCCUCGGAGCUCAUGAACAAACUGCAGCUGUCUCAGCGCAGGGCGACCUUCUCCCUCAAGCUGGGCAAGUCUUUCUCCGCCAGGAGCGCUUCCAAGGAGAAAGGGGCGAGCCAGGAAGGUAAACCGCAUGGAAGGGAGCGGAGCCGCAGCAGCACAGGCAGCGAUGGCCUCCCGUCCCCAGAGUCGCCCAGCGAGGCAGGGAACGUCUGUCUUAGGAGCGAGGCGGAGCCGGGUGGGUGCCCGAGCGCUUUGGUCCAGCACGAGAGGCGGCAGUCGAGGUUCCUGCUGAACUCCGUCCUGUACCAGGAAUACAGCGACGCCGCUAUCGCCCGGGAGAUCCAGCGGCAGCAGCGGGAGGACGCCCUGGUGGAGGAGGAGGAGGCCGCCCUGGCGCCGCCCAAGACCAACCUGUCGCCCAGCAGCUCGUUCCGCUCGCAGCGCUCAUCCCGCGGCUCCACCUUCUCGCUGUGGCAGGACAUCCCGGACGUGCGGGGCAGCGGGCUGCUCGGCACCAUCAGCCUCCAGGAGUGCAAGCUGCAGGAGGCCAAGUUUGAGCUGAUCACCUCGGAGGCCUCCUACAUCCACAGCCUCUCCAUCGCGGUGGAGCACUUCAUGAACUCGCGGGAGCUGAACGAGUGCCUGGGAGCCCAGGAGAAGCAGUGGCUCUUCUCCAAGCUGCCCGAAGUGAAGGACGUCAGCGAAAGGUUCCUGCUGGAGCUGGAGGAGCGGCUGGAGGAGAACAUCCUGCGCUUCGACAUCUGCGACAUCGUGCUGCGCCACUGCCCGGCCUUCCGCCGGGUCUACCUGCCCUACGUCACCAACCAGGCCUACCAGGAGCAGACCUACCAGCGCCUGCUGCAGGACAAUCCUAAAUUCCCAGGGAUCCUGGCAAAGCUGGAAGAGGGGCCAAUGUGUCAGCGCUUACCUCUCACCUCCUUUCUCAUCCUGCCCUUCCAGAGGGUCAUGCGUUUGCAGAUGCUGGUGGAGAACAUCCUGAAACGCACGUUGCAGGGCUCCCGGGAUGAGGCCACAGCCACCAAGGCCUUCAACCAGCUCCAGAAGCUUGUGAAGGAAUGCAACGCCAGCGUCCAGUCCAUGAAGAGAACCGAGGAGCUCAUUCAUCUGAACAAGAAAAUCCACUUUGAAAGUAAGAUCUUCCCGCUGAUCUCGCAGUCGCGCUGGCUCGUGAAGCACGGGGAGCUGGUGGAAGUGGACCUGCAGCUCGUCAGCACCCUCGCCGCCAAGUUCAAGCUCUCCACCAAGAUGGUGUAUCUCCACCUCUUCAAUGACUGCCUCUUGCUCUCCAGGAGGAAGGAGAUGGGGAAAUUCGCCGUCUUUGUUCACGCCAAGAUGCCGGAGCUGAAAGUGACCGACCUGAGCAGGAAGCUUCACGGGGUCCCGGGACAAAUCUUCCACCUCCAGCUCUUCGACAGCCAGCGGCUGAAGCACCAGGUCUUGCUGCGGGCACAGACGGAGAGUGAGAAGCAGCGGUGGAUCUCGGCAAUGGUCCCCUCCAGCCCCCAGACGGACAGGGAGCAUGUCACCGAGAACGCAGAUACCGCCCAGGUCCAGUGCAUCAAGGCCUACAAGGCCCAGGAGCACGACGAGCUGAGCUUGGAGAAGGCGGACAUCCUGGGGGUCAAGACGAGGACCAGCGACGGCUGGCUCGAGGGGAUCCGCCUGUCGGACGGGGAGAGGGGCUGGGUCCCUCAGGGGCACGUGGAGGAGAUCGCCAGCCGGGGUGCCCGGCUGCGCAACCUGCGUGAGAACGACCGGCUCAAGCAUGCCACCCGCAAGCUGGAGGAGGAGCAGGCAUGAGCCAGCCCGGGCGCCGGCCGGGAGAGACUCUGGGAACACAGCCGGAGCCCUGCGGCGGGGGCAGGACCAUGUACACAAUGCUGGGGGCAGGGCUGCCGAGUCAGCGUCUUGGGCACACUCACUGAACUACACUGGGCGACGGUAGCAACAGGUGGCCGAUCUCCCACAGUCUCCACGCUCCCCACCGCUGACUCAGGCUCCAGGGAGGGAACAAGGCCCCGGGAACCCUCUCCACAAACAGACCUGCUGUUCCGUGCUCUCUACGUGGUCUCCUGGCUGCUCUGGGUGGGAUCCUGGCCUGGUCCCCACGGGCAUGGCCAGCCGGGGGUAACCAUCUGGCAAUGAAUUCUCUGCCCUGGCCCCUGUCUGAAACAGGAUACUGGGCGAGGGGGACCCUUGGCCUGACCCAGUGCGGCCGUUCGUGUGUUCAGGCUUCCCCCACUCAGAGCAUCAUCUGCCUGGAGCGCAGGAACCAGUCAGGCAAGCGUCUCCCCCGCUGGGAUGGGCACCUCGGUGGGGGAAGCAGCGCGCCACCUCCACGGCCCCCAGGCUUCUCAGGGGUAGGGUGGAGAGGCACAUUCCCACCGCUGCCAGCCUGGGCCAGCAUCACACCAGGGAAGAGGGACCCCAUUAGUGAUCCCCGGAGCUGCCCAUUCUUUGAGGGGGGCUGCAAGGCAGGGGGUUGCCCCCCAAACAGCAUCGUCAAAGCCGGGCUUCGGGCCCCUCUCCUUCCCUGGAGGUUGUACUGCUCUGCCAACCUGGGCACCGCUGGCCCGGCACGCUGGCCCCGGCGCUCCCCUGCGAUGGCCUGAGGGGCUGGAUCUGCCUUGUUGUCAUGGCAGGGGCCAGCCAUGGCUCCCUCCACCACCGCCCGGCCCAGCUCCUGCCUCAGCCCGGACGGGGCGGGGGGCCGGGAUCCUCUGCCCAUGGCUGGGGGGUCCGCAAAGGAGCCAGGGCGGGAACAGCCCCCGCUGCUGUCUCACCCGCUGUUCCAGCCUGAGCCGAAGGAGGAGGGAGAGGCCGGGAGAGGCCAGUGAGCCGGGGCAGGGGCUGAGUUUGCACGGGCCGCGCGUCAGUAAAGGCCUUAAUUUA